UUUGGCCAAAACAAAGUUUCGAACAAAAUCAAUAAAACGGAAACGCGAGAGAGCUCUGCGCAAAAGAGAAAAGCGAACGCAAUCGCAAUCGACCAACGCAUAGAAGAAAACAAGUCAUGCCGCACAACAACCAGCCAUCGCCCGGGGACGAUCAAUUGGGACCGCCAAAGGCGGACUUCAGUGCCCCACCGCCGUACGAGGCGAACGUGGGCCAUGGCCAACAGGUGGCACUGCCGGCUCAGAUGUCAACGCUGGCCCUAGCCACACCCGAUCCCGGCCAGAUGCAGAUGCAGAUGCCGAUGCAGGUGCAGCUUCCGGGCCAGGCGGAUCUAAUGAAUGCACAGCUGCCGCCGGAGAUACACGGGAAGCUGCCCACCUACGAGGAGGUGCAAAUGGAAAAGUCGCUAAACGGAGAGCUGCCGCCCGCCUUUUUGACGCUGCCCUCCUCGCAGCAGCUUCCGCCUCCGCCGAAUCCGCUGCUGCCGCCAAAUCCGCUGCGCGAUGGAGCCGCUGCUGUGCGAUCCGCUCAGCCGGCGCUCACUUUUAUCGCCAUCGAUGCCAGUGAUCCGGAGAACAGCCUGUCGACCACGGACAACUUGCUCGGCACGGACAUCAUGUUCAUCACGGCCUUCAUUGUGGCGUUUCUCUUCAACUGGAUCGGCUUCCUGAUGCUCACCUGUUUCUGUCACACAAUUGCCGCCCGAUACGGAGCACUGUCGGGCUUCGGACUGUCCCUGGCCAAAUGGACGCUGAUCGUCAAGCACUCGACGGACCUGGCCUCGCACGAGAACUCCUGGCUCUGGUGGCUGAUCUGCGCCUUUGGCUUCCUGAUCAGCAUACGCGCUUUAAUUCAGUAUGUGAGCAUCAAGCGAUCGUGGCGCCUGCUCUCCGCCUCCGCCCAAGAACGGCUGCUAUUCUUCUACUAGGUGCGCCGGGUGGCUUUCAAUUGGCUACCAUGUAAAUACGUUGUGGGUGGCUAGGAAGCUCGAAUCUUACCCGUUCCCAACACACCCAGAAUUCCCCAGGAACCCCGGCACACAAAACAUAAACAAAAUCAAUGCGAACUUAUUUCGGAGAGUUUGCGAAAUCUCUGAGGGUUUGAAAGUAUGCCAUUAAAUGUAUUAGUCAUGUCCUACUUCAAUAUAAAUCGAAGUAAUAAGAAUGUACAAAACUA